GUUGUAUAUUCAUGAGGCGCGCGCAGCCCAGCAUGUUAAUGAGGCGGGGCGCGGCGGCCGGCUAAGAAGGCUGCUGGGCGGCGGCGGUGGUUGCUGGCUCGGGGCAGCCGGGCGCGAGCGGCGUAGACAAGGGGUCACUUGCCGGCGCUAACCAGGACAUGGAGCCGUCCGGCGGGGGCCUGGGGCCCGGCCGCGGUACCCGGGACAAGAAGAAGGGUCGGAGCCCGGAUGAGCUGCCUGCGACGGGCGGCGACGGCGGCAAACAUAAGAAAUUUAUACUGUUUAUCAAGUUGAAGAAGCUCGGUAUAUUUGGGCCAGUUGCUAAAUUUUCUCAGGAGAGGCUUAAUCUGUAUUUAGAGUCCAUAAACAAAUGAAAAGACUUUGAAGCGGCUCAUGGCAGACGAGCUGGAGAGAUUUACCAGCAUGAGGAUUAAGAAGGAGAAAGAAAAGCCCAAUUCUGCUCAUAGAAACUCCUCUGCAUCGUACGGAGAUGACCCCACUGCUCAGUCAUUGCAGGACAUCUCAGACGAGCAAGUUCUUGUCCUCUUUGAGCAGAUGCUGGUGGAUAUGAACCUGAAUGAGGAGAAGCAGCAGCCUUUGCGAGAGAAGGACAUUGUCAUCAAGAGGGAGAUGGUGUCGCAAUAUCUGCACACUUCCAAGGCUGGCAUGAACCAGAAAGAGAGCUCUAGGUCUGCCAUGAUGUACAUCCAGGAGCUGAGGUCGGGCUUGCGGGAUAUGCACCUGCUUAGCUGCCUUGAGUCCCUUCGAGUCUCUCUCAACAAUAACCCUGUCAGUUGGGUGCAGACAUUUGGUGCUGAGGGCCUAGCCUCCUUAUUGGACAUCCUCAAACGACUCCAUGAUGAGAAAGAGGAGACUUCUGGAAACUACGACAGCCGAAACCAGCAUGAGAUUAUCCGCUGUUUGAAGGCUUUCAUGAACAACAAGUUUGGAAUCAAAACUAUGUUGGAGACGGAAGAAGGAAUCCUACUGCUGGUCAGAGCCAUGGAUCCUGCUGUUCCCAAUAUGAUGAUUGAUGCAGCAAAGCUGCUGUCUGCCCUCUGUAUCCUGCCGCAGCCGGAGGACAUGAAUGAACGAGUUCUAGAGGCAAUGACAGAGAGAGCUGAAAUGGAUGAGGUCGAACGCUUCCAGCCACUUCUGGACGGAUUAAAAAGUGGGACCUCUAUUGCCCUCAAAGUGGGAUGCCUACAGCUCAUCAAUGCUCUCAUCACUCCAGCUGAGGAACUGGACUUCCGAGUUCACAUCCGAAGUGAGCUGAUGCGCCUGGGGCUGCAUCAGGUGUUGCAGGAGCUUCGAGAGAUUGAAAAUGAAGAUAUGAAAGUACAGCUGUGCGUGUUUGAUGAACAAGGGGAUGAAGAUUUCUUUGAUCUGAAGGGACGGCUGGAUGAUAUCCGCAUGGAGAUGGAUGACUUUGGUGAAGUUUUUCAGAUUAUUUUAAACACAGUGAAAGAUUCAAAGGCAGAGCCACACUUCCUGUCUAUCUUGCAGCAUCUCCUGUUGGUCCGAAAUGAUUAUGAAGCCAGGCCACAGUACUAUAAACUGAUUGAAGAAUGUGUUUCUCAGAUAGUUCUACACAAAAAUGGAACUGAUCCUGACUUCAAGUGCCGACACCUGCAGAUUGAUAUUGAGAGAUUGGUUGAUCAAAUGAUUGAUAAAACAAAGGUGGAAAAAUCUGAGGCCAAAGCUACAGAGCUGGAAAAAAAGUUGGAUUCAGAAUUAACAGCGCGGCACGAGUUACAAGUAGAAAUGAAAAAGAUGGAAAAUGACUUUGAGCAGAAACUUCAGGAUCUUCAAGGAGAAAAGGAUGCCUUGGAUUCUGAAAAGCAGCAGAUCACUGCACAGAAACAAGACCUGGAGGCAGAGGUGUCCAAGCUGACAGGAGAGGUUGCCAAGCUGUCAAAAGAACUAGAAGAUGCCAAGAAUGAAAUGGCUUCUCUCUCUGCUGUGGUUGUUGCACCUUCUGUUUCUAGCAGUGCUGCUGUUCCCCCUGCCCCUCCUCUGCCUGGUGACUCUGGCACUGUUAUUCCACCUCCCCCACCCCCACCUCCUCUUCCUGGAGGUGUGGUCCCACCAUCCCCUCCUCUGCCUCCAGGUACUUGUAUCCCUCCACCUCCUCCUUUACCUGGAGGUGCUUGUAUACCCCCUCCCCCCCAGUUGCCUGGCAGUGCUGCCAUCCCUCCACCUCCUCCUCUACCUGGAGUUGCUUCCAUCCCCCCACCUCCCCCUUUGCCUGGGGCUACUGCCAUCCCCCCACCUCCCCCUUUGCCUGGGGCUACUGCCAUCCCCCCACCUCCCCCUUUGCCUGGAGGUACAGGUAUACCACCACCACCUCCUCCUUUGCCUGGAAGUGUUGGCGUUCCCCCACCCCCUCCCUUGCCUGGAGGACCAGGACUGCCUCCUCCCCCUCCCCCUUUUCCUGGAGCACCUGGCAUUCCUCCACCUCCACCUGGUAUGGGCGUGCCUCCACCUCCCCCCUUUGGAUUUGGGGUUCCUGCGGCCCCAGUUCUGCCAUUUGGAUUAACCCCCAAAAAAGUUUAUAAGCCAGAGGUGCAGCUCCGGAGGCCAAACUGGUCCAAGUUUGUGGCUGAGGACCUUUCCCAGGACUGCUUCUGGACAAAGGUGAAGGAGGACCGCUUUGAGAACAAUGAACUUUUUGCCAAACUUACCCUUGCCUUCUCCGCCCAGACCAAGACUUCUAAAGCCAAGAAGGAUCAAGAAGGUGGAGAAGAAAAGAAAUCUGUUCAAAAGAAGAAAGUAAAAGAGCUGAAAGUGCUGGAUUCAAAGACAGCGCAGAAUCUCUCAAUCUUUUUGGGUUCAUUCCGCAUGCCCUAUCAAGAGAUAAAGAACGUUAUCCUGGAGGUGAAUGAGGCUGUUCUCACAGAGUCUAUGAUCCAGAACCUCAUUAAACAGAUGCCAGAGCCAGAGCAGCUAAAGAUGCUCUCUGAACUGAAGGAGGAGUACGAUGAUCUGGCUGAGUCAGAGCAGUUUGGUGUGGUGAUGGGCACAGUGCCCCGCCUUCGGCCUCGCCUCAACGCCAUCCUCUUCAAGCUACAGUUCAGUGAGCAAGUUGAGAACAUCAAGCCAGAGAUCGUGUCUGUCACCGCCGCAUGCGAAGAGCUGCGUAAGAGUGAGAACUUCUCCAGCCUCCUGGAGCUCACACUGCUGGUCGGAAACUAUAUGAAUGCGGGCUCCAGGAAUGCUGGUGCUUUCGGCUUCAAUAUCAGCUUCCUUUGUAAGCUUCGAGACACCAAGUCUGCAGAUCAGAAGAUGACUCUGUUGCAUUUCUUGGCUGAGUUAUGUGAGAAUGACCACCCCGAAGUCCUCAAGUUUCCUGAUGAGCUUGCCCAUGUAGAGAAAGCCAGCAGAGUCUCUGCUGAGAACCUGCAGAAGAGCUUAGAUCAGAUGAAGAAGCAGAUUGCGGACGUGGAGCGCGAUGUUCAGAAUUUCCCAGCUGCCACUGACGAGAAGGACAAGUUUGUUGAGAAGAUGACCAGCUUUGUGAAGGAUGCACAGGAACAGUAUAACAAACUACGGAUGAUGCACUCCAACAUGGAGACCCUCUAUAAGGAGCUAGGUGACUACUUCGUCUUUGACCCUAAGAAGUUGUCUGUAGAGGAAUUCUUUAUGGAUCUGCACAACUUUAGGAAUAUGUUUUUGCAAGCAGUCAAGGAAAACCAGAAGCGCCGGGAAACAGAAGAAAAGAUGCGGAGAGCAAAAUUAGCCAAGGAGAAGGCAGAAAAAGAGCGACUGGAGAAGCAGCAGAAGCGCGAGCAGCUCAUCGACAUGAACGCAGAGGGGGAUGAGACAGGUGUGAUGGACAGUCUUCUAGAAGCUCUGCAGUCAGGGGCAGCAUUCCGACGGAAGAGAGGGCCCCGGCAGGUCAACAGGAAGGCUGGGUGUGCAGUCACAUCUCUGCUAGCCUCGGAGCUGACCAAGGAUGAUGCCAUGGCUCCUGGUCCUGUUAAGGUACCCAAGAAAAGUGAAGGAGUCCCCACAAUCCUGGAAGAAGCCAAGGAGCUGGUUGGCCGUGCAAGCUAAGCUGGGCUUUAUGGCCAUUGCUGCUCCUAGGCGAAGCCCAGACUGUCGACCUGCAGCAUGGGCCUAAAUGGUCAAGGAGAUAGUGGCCACUCCACCACCUGACCCUGUCUUUCUGUCUGGCCUGCUGCUCUCUGAACACCACAUACAGCUUCAGCUGCCUGGAGGCCAAAAGGAAGGGGCAGUGUAGGAGUGGCCUGAGCCCAGCCCAGCCAGCCCUGGCUGUUGUAUUACCAAAGCAGGGUCCGUGUUUGCUGCCUUAACCCUGUCUCCUCUAUGUUACCCAGAGGUCCUGGUCUCAGACAGAACCCAGCCUGCUUUCUCAGCCCCACUCUCUAGUGGGCCUUCCCUAGGUCAAUCUUGCUGCAUUUGUGCUUUUCUUUUGUGGUUUCUCUGGCCCUGAGAAUAGCAUGGGACUUGUGAACCUUUGGGCUAGGUCUUUUCACUGCUGUCACCUCUGCUUUUCCUCCUGGCAAUUAUUUAUUACUAGUGCUGUGGCAUUGGGAGCUGCUUCUGCAAAAGCAGGAAGCAAAUCCCACCCUUACCCCACCUUCCUGGGAAAGGUCUCCCGGGCAAAGGGUCUCAACCACUCUCCCCAUUCGUUCCACUGUGGCCCAGGUCUGAGCCAUAGGCAGGUAGCUAGGGCAUAGUGACAGCGUGGGGUCUGCCCCCUGCCCGCUGCCAUGCUUUAUGCCCUUGCCUCCCUGGUCCCUCUGCACCAGCCCCCUCACCUCCACCCUGCAACUGAGCCCUGCUCCCCCAUGCCUUCCCCAGAGCUUUGGUGCAUCCAUUUGGAGUGUGGGCUGUAGUGUGACCGUCCCAACACCUCACCCCCUCCAUCCAAGGGAUUGGGAGGUGGAGCCUCCUGGCUGAGAAAUUGUUUUGCAAAUGGAUCUAUUUUUAUAUGAAAAAAAAUUUUUUAAGAAAAAUAACUUUGGUCCCCUUCCCCCUCCAUAAUAAAAGAGGCUUUGAUGGUAGGGUCAAGCAUUCCUGGGGUCGGUCAGUCCUGAACAUGGCCUAAAUAUUGAUCCCAUUCCUCAAGACUAAAUCGUGAGGCCAAGGCAGACCCUUCCCUAGUCAGUUCUGAGGCAAGAGAGAUUUCUCUGGGUGGGCUGGGCCACACCAUAGGGUAGCAAGAUGCUGUGUUUUCAUGAAUGUAUUAAAUUAUCAAGCCAAACGUGCAGAUGCUGGGCGGACGUGGAGAAGUGGCCCAGGGUGCCUGCUCCCCAUAUGAACAGUGAGCCCGACUGGGUGGUCCACACUGCAGGAAGCACAGGUUCUCUGGCUGAGGGUCACUGUGUGGCCUCCUCCGAGGCCCCUUUGAGCUUCCCCUCCAAGGCGACAGAGAAGGAAGGACACUGUCCGGGCUUGACACUGAAUUGGAGUUGCCAGAGCAUGGGGGAGUUAGGGCACACAAGGGCCAGUACAGGGGGCCUUGUGGCCAGGGAUGAUUGAUUGGGAUGCUAGAACUUGUGUCCAAAGGAACAGUGGAAGCUCCUGGGCUACGUCCUGGGAAGACUGAAGUAGGGGUUGGCUCUUCCCUGAGCUGCCACCUUGCUCGCUGACAUCUGGGGCUUUGACCCUUUUCUUUUUUUAAUCACUUUUGCUAAAAUGCAUUUAAUUAAAAAAAUUUUUAAGUAGAGGGGAUAAAAUGCAAACCCCUUGCCUCUUGGGCUUUUGGGAUGUCAUCACCUCCAGUUUGAUGGAUUUGUUUCCAACUGUCAAUAAAGCAUUGAAACAGAA